UAUGCGGAGGAAAAAUUGAGGCAGAUUCCAGAAGUCACAAUCACGUCUAAUAAUAACAUCCAUGGGAAAAAAGUGUGCAUAGAUAGAGUACCCGAAAGCUCAAGGUUGAGAGACUCAGGACUCAUAAUGCAGCCACCUGUCCAUGAGAAUCUGAAUCCCCAAAACAUUGGUCCAAGCCUUGUGCUUGAGUCAAGACCUAAAAGUUUUGGACCAGAUGCCUCUGUUUCCAUGUCGUCUAUGAAUUAUGCCCGAUCACUGUUCAGGGGUCCUGUCUUGAAUGCUUCCGGAGCUUCUUCUGCUGGGUCGGACUUGAUUAUCUCAUACUCCGAAAAUAUGAACUCUAAUGCUUCUUCUAUUCAUGGUAAGAGGGAAAAUCAAGAUGGGCAAUUGUCUCCCUUAUCCAAUAUGAAUAAGAGGUCAAGGCUUAUGCCAGUGGGUCCUGAUGGUAGUCAGCAGCAGCAUAUAGGGCCUUACGUAGACGGUUUCCAUGGAUCAGAUUCACACUGGAAAAAUGCACUGUUACAGCAGCAAUCAUUGGCAAGAGGAAUGCACUAUGCAAAUUCUGGCAUGCAAAAGUAUCCCCAGCAAAUGUUUGAAGGGAAUUUCAAUCAAGAGGCUGGGGCAAUGCCAUUUACUGUGGGGCAGCAAGCGAUCAGAUAUAGUUUAAAGGAAGAAUCGGUUGAGACAGAUAGAUUGGACAAGGCGGAGCUCAAUCGAAAUAAAAAUGAAAUGCACAUGCUGGAAUCAGAAGUAAACCAUAUGGACUCCCAGCAGUCACGAAUACAGCAAAGGUUGCCACAACAAUUUAUGAGAUCCGGUUUCCCUCAGAAUCCCUGGAAUAAUCUGGGUCAGCCUCUUGAUAAUAAUUCUAGAAAAGAGGACCAGUUCCAGAAAAGGAAAGUAGUGCAAAGUCCCCGGGUCUCUGGUGUGGGAUUACCUCAAUCUCCCUUGUCAUCAAAAUCUGGGGAAUUUUCUAGCGGUUCAAUUGGACCCCAAUUUGGAGCAGUUGCAGCAACUGCCAUAAUUGGAUCAUCCCAAAAGGAGAAGUCAGUAGUGACCUCAGUUCCUGCAGUUGGUGGCGCAACAUCUUUGACAUCCAGUGCGAAUGAUUCCAUGCAGCGGCAACAUCCGGCACAAAUUGCUGCGAAGCGGAGGUCGAACUCCCUCCCCAAGACCCCAGCGAUGAGUGGAGUUGCGUCUCCUGCUAGUGUAAGUAAUAGCAAUGUUCCAUUAAGUGCAAGCAGCCCUCCUGUUGGAACCCCACCUUUGGCUGAUUCAGCCAUGCUUGAGAGGUUCUCAAAAAUAGAAAUGGUGACUAUGAGGUUUCAACUUAAUUGCAAAAAGAAUAAGGUUGAUGAGUACACCAUCAGGAAACCUAAUACGUACCCUUCUCAAGAGCUGUUGCUUCAUCUCUCCGGUGAUUCCACUAGUGAGAAUUUUAAAGAUGAAACAUGCAAAAUGCCAUUGUCAAAGUCACUUGUAGGUGGCAGUAUGAAUGUUUGCAAGACUAGAGUCAUGAAUUUUAUGCAGAAAGAGCGCAUACUUCAAGGAAAUAGUUUUUCUAUUGUUCCUAAGGUACGGACUAGAAUGAUCAUGUCAGAGAAGCCAAAUGAUGGCAAUGUAGCAAUCCAUUAUGGAGAAAUAGAUGAUGCAGAUUACUUGGCUGUAGAGGAUUAUCUGCCUACAUUGCCCAAUACACACAUUGCAGACUUGCUUGCAGCACAGUUCUGUUCGCUGAUGACACGUGAAGGAUAUCUCAUGGAAGAUCAUGUCCAACUGAAAUCAAUCCGUGUGAAUCGUGCGCCAAGCAGUCAAUAUAAUGCUCCUGAAAUCCCCCCUAAUAACGCAGGAGUUGAGAUGCAACAGACAGAAGCAGUUUCAGGUCAACCACAGAAUGAAGUUGCAAAGCCAUCUAGCACUGGUAAUGCAUCUCUGAACUCGGCCCAGAAUAUACCAAGCACGAGGAUGCUUCCACCUGGAAAUGCUCAGGCCCUACAGAUCUCUCAAGGACUCUUGCCUGGGGUUUCAAUGACGUCUAGGCCUCAGCAAUCUGACCCACAUCCAUCUCAGCGGCAGCAGCAGCAACAGCAGCAACAGCAACAACAACAACAAAGUCAACACACAUUGAUGCAACAGCAGCAUCAGUUCCAGAGAUCAUCUCUAACGCUUGCAGCAAAUCCACUUUCACAAUUGAAUACGAUGGGGCAGAAUUCAAAUAUGCAGUUGGGUAAUCAUAUGGUUAACAAAUCUUCCCCUCUCCAACUUCAGCUAUUACAGCAGCAGCAGCAGCUGCAGCCACAACAGCAGCAACAGCAAUCACCAAUGCAGAGGAAAAUGAUGAUGGGCCUUGGAACUGUAGGUACGGGAAACAUUGGCAACAGCAUGGUUGGGCUUGGAGGCCUGGGCAAUGUCAUUGGCAUGGGCGGUGCAAGGGGCGUAGGAGGAACUGGAAUUUCGGCACCUAUGGGGCCUAUCUCAGGCGUGGGCAAUGUGGGUCAUAAUCCGAUGAAUCUGAGUCAAGCCACAAAUAUUAGCAAUGCAAUAAGCCAGCAACUCCGUUCUGGGGCGCUUACUCCGGCACAAGCACAAGCUGCUAUAAUGGCAACAAAACUUAGGAUGCAGCAGAAUAGAACAAACAUGUUGGGAGGGCCACAAUCAAGUAUUGGUGCGUUGUCGGGGGCUAGACAGAUGCAACCAGGCUCUACUGGUUUUUCAAUGCUGGGCUCCAGUCUGAAUCGAGCCAACAUAAAUCCAAUGCAGCGAACAGCAAUGGGGCCAAUGGGUCCACCAAAAUUGAUGACAGGGAUGAAUCUUUACAUGAACCAACAGCAGCAGCAGCAGCAGCAACAGUUGCAAUUACAGCAGCAGUUGCAACAACAGCAGCAGCAGCAGUUGCAACAACAGCAAUUGCAGCAGCAACAACAACAAUUGCAGCAACAGCAGCAACAACAGACAACAUCUCCACUUCAGGCUGUUGUUUCACCCUCUCAAGUGGGUUCGCCGUCAACUUUGGGAAUCCCACUGCAACAAAACCAACCAUCCCAACAGCAGCAGCAGCAGCAGGCUAGCCCACAGCAAAUGAAUCAGCGAACUUCAAUGAGCCCGCAACUGAGCUCUGGGGCUAUCCAUCCCAUGAGUGCUGGUAAUCCAGACGCUUGUCCGGCAAGCCCUCAGCUGAGCUCACAGACCCUUGGCUCAGUUGGUAGCAUCACCAAUUCUCCUAUGGAGUUGCAAGGUGCCAAUAAGGGUAACUCUGUUAGCAAUGCAUAG